GGACGGAUCACCUUCCGCUCCAGCACUGCCAGUUCCUGGUCGGCGCCGUGACUCAUGCCUGUUGUGUCAGGAAGGGCGGCUCUGCCCUGCAACCCCACAGGUGCUCCAGCAGGACGCAGGGAGAAGGCUGCCGCCAGGGCAGGCAGUGGAGCGCCGCACGACCCAGCGCCAGCAGGCCUGCUCGGUCGAUGUUCGAACCGAGGAUGCGGCGGGGCUGGAAGAUGGCCCUGUCCGGGGGGCUGCGGUGCUGCCGCCGGGUACUGGCCUGGGUGCCAGUGCUCAUUAUCGUCUUGGUCGUGCUGUGGUCUUACUAUGCCUACGUCUUUGAACUCUGCCUGGUGACUGUUUUGAGCCCAGCAGAAAAAGUUAUCUACCUCAUAUUCUACCAUGCCAUCUUUGUGUUCUUUACCUGGACCUACUGGAAGUCUAUUUUUACACUCCCACAACAGCCAAACCAGAAGUUCCACUUGUCCUAUGCAGAUAAGGAACGCUAUGAAAAUGAAGAGAGACCUGAGGUCCAAAAGCAGAUGCUGGUUGAUAUGGCCAAGAAGCUACCCGUUUACACAAGAACCGGGAGUGGAGCUGUAAGAUUCUGUGACCGGUGCCAUUUGAUCAAGCCAGAUCGCUGCCACCACUGCUCUGUCUGUGCCAUGUGUGUAUUAAAAAUGGACCAUCACUGCCCUUGGGUUAAUAACUGCAUUGGAUUUUCCAACUAUAAAUUCUUCCUUCAGUUCUUAGCUUAUUCUGUUCUCUACUGCCUGUACAUUGCUACAACGGUCUUCAGCUAUUUCAUCAAAUACUGGAGAGGGGAAUUGCCCAGUGUUCGCUCUAAGUUCCAUGUCCUUUUUCUUCUCUUUGUGGCCUGCAUGUUUUUUGUCAGCCUAGUGGUUCUCUUUGGCUACCAUUGUUGGCUUGUCAGCAGAAACAAAACCACCUUAGAGGCCUUCUGUACUCCAGUGUUUACAAGUGGCCCAGAGAAAAAUGGGUUCAACCUUGGCUUCAUCAAAAAUAUCCAGCAGGUGUUUGGAGACAAGAAGAAGUUCUGGUUAAUACCUAUUGGAUCCAGCCCCGGUGAUGGACACUCCUUCCCUAUGAGGUGUAUGAAUGAGUCACAGAACCCACUGCUAGCAAAUGAAGAGCCCUGGGAAGACAAUGAUGAUGACAACCGAGAUUAUCCAGAAGGUUCAUCAUCUCUUGCGGUGGAAACGGAAACGUAGCAGUGUUCACAUUUCCUGCAUCUCUAAGACCAGGACCCUCUAUCUCCCAUGAAGCUUACAGAGUUCAAUGUUGGGAACCAUUGUAAUCUUCAAAAUAAGACACCAUGGCUGACCAAAAGCUUCACAAUUUGAAAGCAUUCCAUCAAAUAUUUGUGCUGAUACAUGUUUCAGGACCUUACAAGUCAUUGAAUUUACUGACUGAACUCAUCAGUCUGGUAGCACUGAAUUCAGUCCAGUCUUCCUCUCUUUCUUUCUUAAUUUCCCCUUCCCCAAUCUGUGAAAGCCUAUCUUUUCAGAGGCUCUCUGGGAAGACUGUUAAUCAUAUCUAUGGGGUCUGUGUGGCAUUGAGGGGAAUCAGACUACAUUUGUGUGCAUAAGCAUAUUUACACAAAAUCCUGCUGUGGCAUUGUGAAAAUCAAGGUUAAAAAAUCUGAGGUUUUUAUUCAAUCAUAUUUUUUCCAUAAUAGCAAUUUAAAUAUCUGCUGAGCUAUGAACGACGUCCCUAUCUCAGGUACCUAAAAUUCAAGAGGGAGAUUCAGUACACUGUGAUGAAGGUCCUCCAAUUGAGAAUUGAACAGCAAUGUAAAUGGGAAACCUGUUCGCUGUGAUUCCUGAAACUUCCACACCUGAUAGGGAAGAUCAGAUCAGAUUUCCACUUUAUUAAAUAUAAUAGUUGGUGUUUUUAAGACUUCUGGUGGCAGCCUGUGGUAAUAUUCUCUAAUUACUUUUAUUCUUUUCUCUGCUACCUAGCUUUAUUUUAGCCUUUAUGAAUUACUGUUUUGAUGAAAGAAAAACUACAAGCCUUAGUUAUGAACCACAGAUUUUAUUAAAGGGUUUAAGGAUGAUAUUCAGGUUUAAUUACAAUACUGUUCAUAAGGGUAAAGUUUCCCAGUUCAAAUUGGCCUAAGGAUUAGCACGAAACAUCUGUUUUCACAGCAGGGGUUAGGGUACAGAUAGUGAUAACCUAAUAGUAAUAUACCAAUCCUUUCUUUCUUUCUUUCUUUCUUUUUUAGUUUCAGUGGUAGCUCAGCCAUUAAGAUAGUUUACAUCCAUUUAUUUAUAAUUGGCCUUUCUUGUAGUCCUAGUGCCUGAAUCAGUGAGUAUGGACACUAAUGCUGCUUCUUUAUAAUAAUCACACGUAAGAGUAUUGAUGGUUUUCCUUUCUCAGCCAGCUAUUGACAAUAGAAGUCCCAACUCCUACAGAGAUCAGUGACGGGUUACUGGCAUCUUGCAGAUAUCGCGUAGUUGAGCUCCUAGAGGGAUUGUUAAGUUUACUAAAUGAUUCCCCCUAAAAUGUUUUUGAGUAGAAAAGAACUGCCUGCCACAAACAAUGCAGUAUCUGGACUCCAGUGGAGCUGAGAAAGUGAGAGGUCCAGCUACUCAUAGCAAAAAAACACUUGUUCACUUGGAUCCUCUAGGUAAUUUUGGUCAAGGUAAGACUUUUAGCAUAAAUUAAAUGGAUUAUGGCCAGUAUUUCCAUUUGAGACAAUACUAGACAUGACUAAAUCUUUCAGGGUUUUGUCAAACUCAGAUGCCAGGAGGCCAUCCACGUGGUCUUACCAUGGACAAUACUUGCCUUCUAUUCAUAUUCAAGUGCACCUUUCUCUAAAAGUAGGGCCAUUACUUACUCCACAGCCAGUAGGCCUCAAAGCAAUCUUUCCUGAAAGCUGCUAACUAUAAUUCAAAGUCAGAAAGGAGUGAACUUCUUUGAUGCACAGAAAUCAGGUCAUAAAAGACAGUGUCAGGAGACUACAGGGAAGCUCCAGAAGGGCUGUCUUCAAAAGGCCAAAUCAAUCAGUGUUUUACCUGCAGGCUUGGUGAAAUAAAAACACCUUAUUCCUCUCUCAGCACCUUGAUCUCACUACUUCUCUGAUACUAUUCAAAUACAUGAGUAGGCUCUGAUACUAUUCAUAGACUAUGGAGCAUUGACUACUGUACAUAAUCACCCCAAUUGGUUGCCUAUUGAUGAAGGAGACAGAGGUUUAUUUGAGAAUUAGCUCUGGCUUCUGUGCUUGCUUUUCCUUGUGACCCUGUCCAGUAAUCUCUGUGGGAUCUUGUUCCCCAAUCUUUGGUACUCAUCUUCCCCAUUUGCAAAAUGGAGACACUCAUUGUUAGGGUCUUAUAGCUGCAUGGUGCUGUUAAUAUGUGUCAUUGCAGGACCGCAAUGAAAGGUUUAAGCAAACAGUGUUUCUAAGCAACCAGUGUUCUCCAUUCUUUCCCCCAUGCUUUCAUUGCUGAUUUGUUCUUGCAGAGCUCAGAGUACUUUAUUAAUGCUUUUCCAUUCAUUCCAACAAUGUCCUUAGAAAGACGGAAUAGAAAUUAUUUCCCCAUGGGACAGCUGAAAAAAUUAAGGGCAAAAGAAAUGAAAUGAAAUGCCCUUCAAAAGCACAUAGCUGUCUGGGGCAGAACUCAUAGUUCCCAUGCACUGUUAGAGGGACUGCAAUUACCAUGGAGCAGCUUAUAGCACUGAAAGCAAGAUCACAUUUCAGAAGAGUCCCACUAUGUCCCAAAUCUUAAAGUAUGCAUUUCAUCCUAGUAUUUUCUAUGUGAUAGAAAUGUAAUACUCGUAUGUGCCUCUGUACUGCACUCAUAUAUUUCACAUUCCAUGGCAUCAGCCAGUGCAUUAUCUUCUCUUGAAUUCACAGAGCCCAAUCUCAGGGCUGACUUUUGCAGUGAAAACAGUGUGCUUCCCCAUGUUUAUUUCAAAUUGCAGAAAGUGCAGACAUUGCAGUUAAUGGAGAUUUGAGCACAAUCCCAGCAGAUGUGUUUUAAGAAUAUUUAAUACACAUUAUUCUAAUGCGCACCUGAAAUUCACAGGAUGUAUUAGGUUGGUGCAAAAGUGAUUGUGGUUUAAAAGGUUAAAAACAAUUGCAAAAACCGCAACUACUUUUGCACCAGCCUAAUAAGAGUCAUGCAGAGCCUGUCACCUCUCAUCACACAUAUACCAGAGGUGCCAAAAAAAUAUACACAAAUGGACACUUUGGUCAGCGUUGCUCAAGCCAUAGUUCUCCGUAACCAGAAGUAUCUGGAUGCUGACAGUAACCACUUUGAGCAUCUC